AUAUAUAGCAGCACUGAAACAAAAGCAAGCAACUGAAUCCUCCUGUGAGAACAAACAAAACAGAAGAGGAAAUUCAGAUCAUCCAAUUUUAGAAAAUGGGUUGCCGCAUACUCGUCCUCCUCCUGGGGACUUUCUUCCUUGAUGGCCUUCUCCUCUCCAUGGGUGCUAACGUCCACCACUAUAGCUUCAUUCUGAAGGAGACCAACUUUACAAGACUCUGUUUCACAAAGCCGAUGCUCACUGUAAAUGAGUCGUUCCCAGGGCCAACCAUUCAUGUUCGCAAAGGAGAUAGAGCUUUUGUUAAUGUCCACAACAAUGGCAAAUAUGGUGUCACCAUUCACUGGCAUGGAGUGAAGCAACCGCAUAAUCCAUGGUCAGAUGGUCCAGAAAAUAUCACUCAGUGUCCGAUUCAACCAGGAAAGAAUUUCACUUAUGAGGUCAUAUUCUCAGAUGAAGAAGGCACGCUAUGGUGGCAUGCACAUAGCGACUGGUCACGUGCCACAGUUCACGGCCACAUUGUUAUUUUACCUGAGAGAGGAAAAACCUAUCCAUUUUCCGAACCUUACGCCGAGCAUACAAUUUUUCUUGGAUCAUGGUUCGAUACAGACGUAAAGGAACUAAUUGAUGACGCCACGGCAACCGGAAGUGACCCAGAGGCGUCCACUGGAUUCACCAUCAAUGGCUGGCCAGGAGCUUUAUACAAUUGCUCCAAUGAAACUAUAUACACUCUUGGGGUUGAAUACGGCAAAACCUAUCUUCUUCGUCUAGUGAGCGGUGUUAUGAAUGAAGAAAUGUUCUUCGGAAUUGCCGGGCACAACUUCACAGUGGUGGCACAAGACGCAUCAUACUUAAAGCCAAUAGUCACAAGCUACAUAAUGAUAGCUCCAGGCCAAACCAUGGAUAUUCUACUAACGGCAGACCAGACCCCAAGUCACUAUUACAUUGCUGCCAGCCCAUUUUUCGACUCAAAUGCUCCCUUCGACAACACGACCACCACAGCCAUCCUCCGGUACACGAACGUAACUUCCGCUCCGUCGACUAUUCCCAUGCCUUCACUUCCUUUUGUAACAGACAAACAAGCUGUAGACAACUUCACAGCUCAGUUAAGGGCCUUGGCAAGCAAGGAACAUCCUAUCAGUGUGCCCAAAAAAUUUACCGAAAGAAUCAUAAUCUCAGUCUCUGUGAACCAACUACCUUGUGAGGCUAAUGUCACCUGCGGGGGUCCGAACGGUAACAUGCUGGCUGCUAGCCUGAACAAUAUCAGCUUCUCUACCCCCACUACUGACAUACUGCAAGCAUACUAUAGGAACUUAAAUGAUACCUACGAAGACGAUUUUCCAAAUCAACCGCCGGUGUAUUUCAACUUUUCUGGAGUUGAUACAGAACUGUAUCUAUUGCCGGAGGUAGGGACAAAGAUGAAGAUGAUCGAGUACGGGGCAUCAAUUGAAAUUGUGUACCAAGGGACUAAUGUCGGGAAUGCAGAAAACCAUCCAAUGCAUCUACAUGGUUACAGCUUCUAUGUUGUUGGGUCUGCUUACGGCAACUGGAAUGAGACCACUUCUCCGACCACUUACAACUUGGUCGAUCCACCGGAAGUGAACACUGUUGGAGUUCCGAAGAAUGGAUGGACUGCCAUCCGAUUCGUUGCUAACAAUCCCGGAGUGUGGUUUAUGCAUUGUCAUUUAGAACGCCACAGUAGUUGGGGUAUGAAUUCGGUGAUUAUUGUCAAGAAUGGCCCCACUAAUGGAACUAGCAUUCGACGACCCCCUCCAAACUUGCCAGUUUGUGCUUAGUCUUUCGGUCAGAAUCUUAUACAUAUAGUUUUAAUUAUUAUGUUUGUUAUUGUGUUAAAUGAGUGAAUGUACUUUGAUAUAUUGUUAUUCAAAAAUAAUUUAUGGAAAUUAUUAGUGGAA